AUGAAACCUGUUGUUAUAAAGCCUUUACUUGGACUUUUAGUUCAAUCUGCUACCUCAUCUGCUCUUUUACAGAUUUCGUCAGUUACUCUUCUAGACGAUAUAAGAACCGUUUCUGGUGAUAUUACAGUCAAUGCUGGCUCUUCUUUCAUGAUAACCCAUGACUUUGAGUUAACAAUCGAAAGUGGUACUAUUGCGAAUAACGGUACUCUAUGUGUUAGUACAACUGAUACUGUAAGUGAGAUGUCGCUUAAUAUUGUUGCCAAAAAUAUUAACAAUAAGGGAAACUUGAUUAUUGAUAAUGAGGACAGUGGUGAUAAGUCUACCAUGGUGACAAUUGGCUCAUUAAAUAACGGCGGGUAUUUACGUAUGAAUUUAAAGGAUAAUACUGAAUAUUUAUCCGUUCAGGCAUCACUUAUCGACAAUGGCUAUAUUUCUUUGUGCCACAUUAAUAAUUACUAUGAUAAAUUGACUUUUAAAAAAUACUCAAGAGUAGAUGACAUGCAAAACACUGGUACUACUGAUGUUAGUGGUACUAAUGUUACAUCAAUGGUCCAAUCACAGGUGGUGAUUGUAUUCGGAGGGCAAGUUCUGGAGUUCAAUAGUACUGUAACUUAUCCAUCCUACGAUCCUGUCACAGGUAUCGUCACCACUACUAACAGGUACGGUACUUUCAGAAUAGAUAUUGGUCUCGGGUACGAUGCAAGUAAUUUUUCUGAUGCUCAAAUUCGUACUUGUGAGUAUUUAGGUACCUGUUACGCUCCCUACUUGAGGUAUUUGGGAGUAAAACCUGCUGCAGCAACUGAGAGACCAACAGAGUGUGCUGUGAAACCAGACCUUUCUAUGGCAAUCUGUAGUGCUGCUGUUUCUUCUUCGGUUGCUUCCUCUUCCCAUUCCACUAGUUCUUCUAUCUCAGUACCAGCAACAUCUAUUGAGCCAACUUCAUCUGCUGUGACGCAACACACUGUUUCUAAAGGUGCCUCAUCAACCACGAAUGAUAAUGGACAAUGUGUUGUUACUGAAAUCUCAACGGAAUAUUUCUCUACAUUACAUACUACCACUUAUUUCUAUACCUCUGAUUCAACAGUGACCACUCCAGUAACAAGCACUUUUAUUACUACUGCUUACAGUAAGGUAAAAUAG